AUGUCGGUCGCGACCAUGCUUCAACCUGCCUCGCGGGCCUCGACCUCGACGAGCUCGUCCUUUGAGCCCGUUAGUCGCCAGAACACCUACUCGAGCCACGAUGGCGCGCGCUCUUUGCGACAAAGCAAGCGUGUCAGCAUGACCGCGCUGUAUGCUAGCAUGAGCGCGAAAGAUAAGGAUCUGGAAAUCAGUGAUGAUCUGGCAAAGGCACAACGUACACUUCGAGAUCUGAAGUCGAAAAUCUCCAAUCAGUCCAAGAAGAACUUUGUCCUGGAAAAGGAUGUACGAUACCUGGAUUCUAGGAUUGCACUACUGAUCCAGAACCGCAUGGCGUUGGAAGAGCAAAAUGAAGUCGCGAGUCACCUCGACGAAGCUGCCGAGCUAAUGGAAGGAUCUUUUCCUAACGAUGACAAGACCCAGAAAUAUGGCAACCUCUUUUUCAUGCUUCAGUCGGAGCCCAGGCACAUUGCUCACCUAUGCCGGUUGGUAACGAUGGCCGAAAUUGAUUCUCUACUGCAGACUGUCAUGUUUACUAUCUAUGGAAAUCAGUAUGAGAGCCGUGAAGAACAUUUGCUUUUGACAAUGUUUCAGUCGGUACUGACACAUCAAUUCGAAACGACACCUGAGUAUUCGUCCUUGCUACGACAAAAUACACCAGUGUCUAGGAUGAUGACCACCUAUACCCGCCGCGGCCCUGGCCAGAGCUUCUUGAAAGAAGUUCUGGCAGAAAAGAUCAAUCAACUCACAGAAUUGAGCGAUGUUGACCUCGAGAUCAAUCCUUUGAAAGUGUAUGAGGCGAUGAUCAAGCAGAUCGAAGCCGACACGGGAUCACUUCCCGACGACCUUCCCAGGUCUGUGACCGCUGAAUAUGCGGCAGAAAACGUUCAGGUGCAAGCUAUCAUUGCGCCGCGGCUGAAAAUGCUGACCGAGAUUGCGGAAGGAUUUCUUUCUGCCAUUAUUGACUGUCUCGAAGAAACUCCGUACGGCAUCCGAUGGAUCUGCAAGCAGAUCCGCAAUCUUUCAAGGCGCAAGUAUCCUGAUGCGCAGGAUCAAGCCAUUUGCACAUUGAUUGGAGGCUUCUUCUUCCUUCGCUUCAUCAACCCCGCCAUCGUCACGCCGAAAUCAUACAUGCUGAUCGAAAGGGUGCCGGACGAGAAGCCUAAACGGACGCUCACAUACAUCGCUAAGAUGCUCCAGAAUCUCGCGAACAAGCCCUCAUACGCUAAAGAACCAUACAUGGCCAAACUCCAACCGUUCAUUCAGCGGAACAAGGACCGCUGCAACAAAUUCAUGCUUGACCUUUGCGAAGUCCAGGACUUUUACGAAAGUUUAGAAAUGGACAACUAUGUGGCCUUGUCAAAACGCGAUCUCGAGCUCAACAUCAGCUUGAACGAGGUGUACGCCACUCAUGCGAUGCUGGAGAAGCAUAAUGCAGAGCUGGCCAAAGACCCCUCCUCUCAUCUAGGAAUUUUGCUCCAGGAACUGGGCCUGGCCCCUCCUCAGGUGCCUCGAAAAGAAAACAGAGCCAUCACGCUCCCUUUGUACAGUCGGUGGGAAUCGACGUUCGAGGACUUCACCCAUGCUUUAGACAUCACACAGGAGGAGGUCUUCUUUAUGGAAGCCAAGAGCACGUUUGUGCAGAUCAUGCGAAGCUUGCCACAUUCUGCAGCUGUAAUGCGACGACCUUUGCGGCUCGAUCGUGUUGCCGAGGCCGCAGGAACGCUGAAGAAUGAUGCAGUCAUGGUUCGCAAGGGCAUCAGGUGCAUGGAAUUGUUAACGACCCUGUCCGAGAUGGGAGUUAUCGAUCGUGCAGAUGAUUAUGCAAUUCUGCGUGACGAAGUGGAACAAGAACUGGCCCAUCUCGGAUCCUUGAAAGAGAAGGUUCUUGAAGAGACGGUCAAACUUGACGACGUAUACAAGACAAUACGAGAUCACAACUCAUAUCUUCUGUCGCAACUCGACACAUACAAGAAUUACUUGCACAACGUUCGAAGUCAGUCCGAGGGCGCAAAAAGGGGUAAGACUGAGAAGGUAAAGGAGCUUGGGCCUUACAAAUUCACUCAUGCCCAGCUGGAAAAGGACGGUGUCAUCACAAGAAGCAACGUUCCAGAGAACCGAAGAGGUAAUAUCUUCUUCAUGUUUCGAAGUCCACUUGCAGGCACAUUCGUCAUCAGCUUGCAUUACAAAGGACGAGCUCGGGGACUUCUUGAACUUGACCUUAAGCUGGAUGAUCUGCUUGAGAUGCAGAAAGAUGGACAAGAAGAUCUUGACUUGGAAUAUGUCCAAUUCGACGUUUCCAAAGUGCUUGCACUGCUCAACAAGCGGUUCGCGAGGAAGAAGUAA